ACACGCAGGUGGCGGCACAAACAAGCAUCGGUCACGUGCACAACUAUGGCGACCACCAAUCUACAUUUCGAGGACUUGAAAAUCUUACUACAGUGUCCUAGCAAAGAUAUUGUGAUAAAAAUUUGUAAUGAUAUCAUGAAAUUCUCUGGACUAGGAUCACCUGAACCCCAGUUAAAACUCAUAGAAUGUUCACUUAAAAUAGAUAAAAAACAGAGUGAAAACCUUUACAUAGCUCUAAACCUGUUGCUGAAGAAAGCAAUUUUCGCUGACACUCAAAACCCCGAGGUGUUACGAAAGCUUUUUCCAGCAAAUUUUCAUAAUAAUUUAAAAGAACUUCUAGUGAAAAUCAUCAUAGACAAUUAUUCGAAAUGGAGAGAAGCAUCUAUAAAGAAUCAAGUAUCGCUGCCACAUCUUGUUGAUUUUGACUGGAGAGUCGACUUAAAAGCUGCUUCUAAUACUAUCUCAAGAAUGUCUGUACCUACUUGUUUAGUACAGUUUGAGAUGCAGGAUGCUGGGAAUAGAUCAGGAACAGCUGCACCUGUGAGAUAUGCUAAUGUUGAAUUGUCUAAAGAAACUUUAAAUACCAUGUUAGAUGGCCUUUCAAAGAUUCGAGAUCAACUCUCAUCAGUUGCAAAACAGGGUUAAUCAUGUGUUAAUUUUUUAAAAGUCAACAUUUACCUUUGAAAUUUUUAGAAGUAUUGUUGCUAUUUAAAAUUACAGGGUAAGAGAAUGAAUGCCUCAUAUAAUUUAUUAUGUAAUUUAUCAAGUUAAAAUUCUGAUAUUUUUUGUUUGUUUCUUUCUUAAAUACCAGUUCCUUAUCUUUGGUACAUGAUUUUGUAAUUUCACAGUAAAAUACAUAUAAGAUGUAUAGUGAUAACAUGCCUGAUCUUUAUCUAAUUACUGGCCCAUGUCCACUUUAAAUAAAUUAUGUCCAAUUGCUAAUGCUAUGUAAAAACAAAAUAUAUCAAAUCGUGAAUGAUAGGUAAAGAUUGAAGUUAAGUAUAUUGCUUUUGAUUGCUAAACUACUCACUAAGUAUUAGUUAUAUACAGUUUUUAUGUAAAGUACAUGGAUGAAUUCUCAAGCUGAUCUAUACUCUAUAGCUUCCUCUAUUAAAUCAAUGUUAUCAUAUACUAGGAUAUAAAGCAAAAUGAAAAAUUAUGUAAAAUGUUUCUGUACAAUUCAUUGCCAUCAUUACAAAUUUGAAUAACUGAAAACUAUUGAGUGAAUAAUAAAACAAAUAUAUUCU